CACGAGUCGCAUCUCCCGGAAGUGCUUCAUCUGGAAGCGCAUUCUCUAGAUUUUACCGUCCCCUUGUUUUGACCAUCCCAUUCCUUUCCCUAUUUGUCGACACUGAGUCCGGCGCAAAACCAGCGCUGCCUGAGCGCGCAAAACACCCGCACAACAACCAACACCUUCGUUUCACCCACCAAAAAAGCCUCAUCUACACUCUUUUCUUAUCAUAAAAUUGACCCGAAUACCCCGCGCAACCAUGCUCCUUCCAUCAGCUCUUCCGUGCGAUCUACGACAACAACCUUCUCGCUCUCGCCUCCCAGUCAGCCGUCUCUUCUCGACUCCUCCCCCGUCCGACGACGAACUCCCGUCCGGCAACGGCCUCUUGGGAACAUGUCGCGCUCUACAAUCGCUCCUCAAUGGAUCUCCUGCUCCUGCGCCUCGUCGCACGCCAAAGCCAGAACGUCUCCAGAGUCCUGUCAACCUUCGUUCCACACCUUCCGCCCGGUCGCGAAAGGUCACAAAACCAUCCACUCCAAAGCCUACACCUCAACCGUCUCGCGGUGCCAAUAAAAGACGCCGUUGCGAUUCUGAAGACGAUGACCAAGAUGAAGAUACCACAUUUGAUCUGAGCGCUUCGUCGAUCCGUUUCUCCACCCCCAAACGCCAACGCCAGGCUCCCUAUAACCUCCCUCUGGGUCUAUCGCAAUCAGACUUCUACUCCCUCCACUCUCCACCCAUCACACAAUCUCCCCCAUCGCCAGCCUAUAGACGGCAACAUGAUUUUCAAACCGAAGAACCAUUACGGUCAUUCAACCCCGACGCCGCUCUCCCGUCCAUCGAAGAAUCAAACGAACCAGACACAAACCCUAAUUCAUGGACAGCAGACGACGACGAGCGUCUGGUCGAGCUGGUUCUCGAGAAAUUCAAACUCUCCCGUCGUGAUUGGGACGAUUGCGCUCGGCGCAUGGGUAAAGACCAUGCGAGUGUUGGUCGCAGAUGGCAUUCUCUCGUUGGAGAUGGGAAUGUUGGUCUGCGACGUGGUCGACGA